AAACAACUCUCCUGCUCUUUCAGACGACACAGGAUAUACAAAGAGCAGCUGAACAUCACUUCCCUGGACCCCCCGGUGCAGCUCCGCCUCGAGGCCAGCUGGGUCCAGUUCCACCUGGGAAUCAGCCGCCACGGGCUGUAUCCCCGGUCCAGUCCUGUCGUCAGCAAACUCCUCCACGACAUGAGGCACUUUCCCACCAUCAGUGCUGAUUACAGUCAGGACGAGAAAGCCUUGCUCGGGGCGUGUGACUGCACCCAGAUUGUGAAACCCAGUGGGGUCCACCUGAAGCUGGUUCUGAGGUUCUCAGACUUUGGGAAGGCCAUGUUCAAACCCAUGAGACAGCAGCGAGAUGAGGAGACGCCCGCGGACUUCUUCUAUUUCAUUGACUUUCAGAGACACAACGCUGAGAUCGCAGCUUUCCACCUGGACAGGAUCCUGGACUUCCGACGGGUGCCACCAACAGUGGGGAGGCUGGUCAAUGUCACCAAGGAAAUCCUAGAGGUCACCAAGAAUGAGAUCCUGCAGAGCGUCUUCUUUGUCUCUCCAGCCAGCAACGUGUGCUUCUUCGCCAAGUGUCCGUACAUGUGCAAGACGGAGUACGCGGUCUGCGGCAACCCGCACCUGCUGGAGGGCUCCCUCUCCGCGUUCCUGCCGUCCCUCAACCUGGCCCCCAGGCUGUCUGUGCCCAACCCCUGGAUCCGCUCCUACUCGCUGGCGGGAAAAGAGGAGUGGGAGGUCAAUCCUCUGUACUGCGACACAGUGAAACAGAUCUACCCGUACAACAGCAGCGACCGGCUGCUCAACGUCAUCGACAUGGCCAUCUUCGACUUCCUCAUCGGAAAUAUGGACCGUCACCAUUAUGAGAUGUUCACCAAAUUUGGGGAUGACGGGUUCCUUAUUCACCUUGACAAUGCCCGAGGGUUUGGACGGCACUCCCAUGACGAACUCUCGAUCCUGUCGCCACUCUCCCAGUGCUGCAGGAUUAAAAAGAAAACGCUUCUGCACCUGCAGCUGCUGGCCCAAGCGGACUACAGACUCAGCGACGUGAUGCGGGAGUCCCUGCUAGAGGACCAGCUCACUCCCGUCCUCACAGAGCCCCACCUCCUCGCCCUGGACCGGAGACUCCAGAUCGUCUUAAGGACCGUGGAGGGGUGCAUAGCGGCCCACGGGGAGCUGAGUGUUGUCGCCAGUGGCCUAGCAGAACAGGCAGCCCCAGACUCUGGCCAGGCUAACUUGACAAGGUAGUGGCUGGACAAGCCCCACGGCAGAAACGACACCUGGAGCCAGCAGUGCACUCGAGUGCGGGCCUCAGCGUCCUCAUGUGCCCCAGUCAAUGCUGGAGGUCCUGGGUUGUGAGCUCGGGAAGCAGCUAGGGCACUGGGAUGAUCCUAAACGUGCCAAAGAAGUGGGACCCACAGCACCCUUCUUCCUUGGUGCACUGCUUCUCCAGUGGACUGACUGCCCUGGCUCCCUCCUGCCCAGGAGGUAUGGCUCCAUUGAGGCUUCAGACUGUCCCCUGAGCCCACUGGGAAAUCUGGGUAAAUCUGGAUACAGGUCAGGUUUGAAAGGUCUGGAAGCCUUGAUCCCAGAAGAGAGUAUUAAUUGUUACAAAUAAAAUAAAAGGACAUCAAGUGGACACCUAA